GUGUAUUAAACGUAAACCAUGUAAUCAGGCCUUCGGGCCUUUGUAGGCUUCAAAUCCACUCACAUGGUUAUUGUUUACAGUAGACCGGAGCCACUGGUUCACUAGUGAUAAUGUGGUACUUGGGACUAGUGUUGGCAGUGUUUUAUAGUGUUUUGGUGCAAGGCAACAAUCUGCUGGAGGAAUGUGCCAAGUUCUACCGGCCAAAGAAUUAUAUUGAUGUGAUGAGCCAAAGUAUGCCCUACAUGGACCAGUUGCUCAUCCCUGACAAUCUGAAGAAAGUGGACAUUGAUGGUUAUCGAAGCAAGAUUAAUAGUAUUCAGCCAACACCGGUGGUUACCACACGAGUUUUGCAAGUUAAAACAAAAUAUGUGUAUGUAAAUCCGGUCUGCGUGAAGUACAGCUCAAAGCAGAAGCUUUGCAAGCAUGAGAACCGAAUGGCUGGGAACAUCAACAAGCUGAUCACCAAAGAGUAUUUUUUAAAGGGCCAAGUUGAGCAAAGAGUCGAAUCGGCCAUUGAUGUGAACUCAGAAGAAUACUCGCCCAAACCAGAUAAGUUCAGCUUGAAAGUUUCCUUCGACAGAAUUGAACCCAGUGAAUCUGAGGAAGAAUAUCGCUCGUUUGGUUCUGGUGCCAACCGGCACACUCCUUCAAUGACCGCGAAGAAAGUCCAGGAAAUGCUGAUUGAAGAUCGUCUGGACCAACUUGAAACGAUACUGCCCAACUACCAUCGAAAGCGGAUAUUUGAAACCAGCACGAUGUACGUAACGAAGACGUUGAGGAAUAAGCGAAGCAUGGCCACUUUGGUGGUGAAGAAUUGCAUUCCAGUCGGCUUUGAUAUAUGCGGUAAGAAGCGGAAGUCGAGGCGAACAAGCAAAAUUGCCCGGGACGCUUUGGAUGAUGAUGAAGACCGGAUGUACUUUGGUUGAUUUUGUUAUACGCUGAUGAGUUUGAGAUUUAGAAAUAUAUAUGUAUCCGU